AUGUCAGAAACUAAGCCGCUUAAGCCCAAAACACCUUUGUCGAGCGAAUCCAAAGAUUUCCGGAUUCCAACCGCUGGUCGUCGCCGUCCAGCUCACGCUCAACCAGCUAAUAAAACUGGCUCCGACCGCCAACGCGGUCCAAACCAACGUCGUUUCCGCUCCCGUGCUAAAGACGACGGACUUGAAUUUAGCGAAAAAGUGGUUGAUAUCUCGCGCGUAACUACCGUGGUUAAAGGUGGACGUCGCUUCAGUUUCUCGGCUGUUGUUGUUGUUGGUGACAAAAAGGGCAGCGUGGGCUGGGGUCAUGGCAAAGCUAACGAAGUGCCCGAUGCGAUUAAAAAAGCGAUUAAAGAUGCUCGCAAAAGACAAGUCAAAGUUCCGAUCAUCGACAAGCGCACCGUACCCCACGUUCAAAGCGCUAAGUUUUUAGCUUCCAAAGUGAUGGUUAAACCAGCUCCGCGCGGAAAAGGUAUUGUCGCUUCGGGGGCAGUCCGAGCGGUGGUUGAACUGGCUGGCUACAAAGACAUUUACACCAAAAGUCUCGGUUCGCGUUCCAAAACCAACGCGAUUAAAGCGACUAUUAAAGCUCUAUCGGAACUAAGAACGGUUGAGCAAAUCGCCGAAAUGCGUGGCGUUAAAAUUAGUCAUUUCAGACUUAAAAAGCCGGGAGGUGAGAAAAAUGCAGUUGCACACACUGAGUCCUAA